AUUUUCAAUGCCGUUAAUUGCUGUUGGCAGCAUUGAUCAAUUCGGGUCGACAUACCCUUUGGCUUUUGCGCUUGUAUAUGCCGAAACAAAAGAUUUUUAUUGCUGGUUGGCUCUUAUGGCUGCAAUAUCUACAGUAUUUUCCAAUACAAAGCAUCAAUUGUGCACGUGGCACAUUUUUAAAAACAUCAGAAAUAAGCUUAAGGGUAUCCAUAUUGACGAAUUUGUUCAAGCUGUUAGAAGACUUAUGUACGAUGAUCUUUCAGAACAUCAGACGAAUAAAGAAAUUACAGAACUGUGGACACGAUUUCCAAACACAAAACA